GGGAUAUAGAGGGGAAACUGACUGGGAGAGGGGCCGAGAAGUAUCCUUUAGCUCCGCCUGGGCUGGCUCAGUUCACAAAGUUCUUGCUGUCCUCCAAGUGAAGAAGGCAGGAGACCAAGUGACAUCAGUCAUGUUAAACAGGCCCAAGGACCAUGUGAAGAGAAGCAAGACUGUUUCAGUGUUUCAGAAAUCAGUGACAUUCAAAGAUGUGGCUGUGUACUUCACCCAGGAGGAAUGGGGGCAGUUGGACUCUGUUCAGAAGGAUUUAUAUAGGGAUGUUAUGCUAGAGACUUACAGGAACCUAGUCUCCUUGGGAAUCCCAGUUUCCAAACCUGAAGUAAUUUCUCAGCUGGAGAAAGGAGGGGAGCCCUGGAUUCUGGAUCUCCAGGAAGUUGAAGACAAAGAAGCCCAAAGAGGAUGGAAAACCAUAACCAAAGAUUCUAUUUCUGAAGUAGAGUCACCAGAUGCAAGGGAACAGUUCAUAGGAGUUAUUCCACAGGGUGUUAGAUUUGAAGAAGAAUUUGAUGUUAAGGACAGGUUAUCAAGGAAACAGGAAAACUUCACAGGAGAAACUCAAGAGAAAUACUUCUCGCAGGAGAGAUGUUUCAGGCAAAUGAAAUUUUCUCAUAAUAAAUCCUGCACUGGGGAGAGAGACUAUGAACAUAAUGAUUAUGGGAGAAACUUUCUAAACUCAAACUCUGAAAGCCAUUCAAGAUUUUUUAUAGGAGAGAAAACCUAUGAAGUUGGUAUCGGUGGGAAAAGCUCCAAACAAAAUUCAGACCAAAAUAAAUACCAGAAACUUUCCACAAAGAAAAAACCUUGUAAGUGUAAUAAAUGUGGGAAAACCUUCACUCAGAGCUCAUCCCUUACUCAGCAUCAGACUAUUCAUACUGGAGAGAAACCCUUUAAAUGCACUGAAUGUGGGAAGGCCUUUAGCCGGAGCUCGCUCCUCACUCAACAUCAAAUUAUUCAUACUGGAGAGAGACCUUAUAAAUGUAACAUAUGUGAGAAAGCUUUUAGCCGUAACUCAUUCCUCAUUCAGCAUCAGAGGAUUCAUACUGGAGAGAAACCCUAUAAGUGUAAUGAAUGUGGGAAAGCUUUCAGCCAGAGCACAUGCCUUACACAACAUCAAAGAAUUCACACUGGAGAAAAGCCAUAUAAAUGUGGUGAAUGUGGGAAAGCCUUCAAUCAGAACACAUGCCUUACACAACAUCGGAGAAUUCAUACAGGAGAAAAGCCUUUCAAAUGUAAUGAAUGUGAGAGAACUUUCCGUAAGCAUUCACAGCUUACCCAACACCAGAGAGUUCAUACUGGAGAGAAGCCCUAUAAGUGUAGUGAAUGUGAUAGAGCUUUCAGUCAAAGGACACGUCUUACUCACCAUCAGAGAAUCCAUUCGGGAGAGAAACCAUACAAAUGUAUUGAAUGUGGGAAAGCCUUCUUUCAGAGCUCAUCUCUGACUGAACAUCAAAGAAUUCACACUGGAGAAAGAGACUAUGAAUGUAGUAUAUGUGGGAAAACCUUCCCAAAACACUCACAUCUUGUUCAACAUCAGAGAAUUCAUACUGGAGAGAAACCUUAUCAUUGUAAUGAAUGUGGGAAAGCAUUUAAUCAGAUCACAUGCCUUACUGAACACCAGAGGAUUCAUACUGGAGAAAAGCCUUUUAAAUGUAGUGAAUGUAAGAAAGCCUUCCAAAAACAUUCAGCACUUACUCAACAUCAGAGAAUCCAUACUGGAGAGAAACCAUAUAAAUGUAAUGAUUGUGGGAAAGCCUUCAGUCACAGCUCAAUCCUUACUCAACACCAGAGAAUUCACACCGGAGAGAAACCUUAUAAAUGUAAUGAAUGUGGGAAAGAUUUUCGCAAUCAUUCACAUCUUACUCAACAUCAGAGAAUUCAUACUGGAGAGAAACCAUAUAAAUGUAAUCAAUGUGGGAAGGCCUUCAAUCAGAGUGCAUGCCUCACUCAACAUCAAAGAAUUCAUACUGGAGAAAAACCUUUUAAAUGUAAAGAAUGUGGAAAGGCCUUCAGUCAUAGUUCUUCCCUUUCUGAACAUCAGAGAAUUCAUACUGGAGAGAAACCCUAUAAAUGUAAUGAAUGUGGGAAAGACUUUCGCAACCACUCACAUCUUACACAACAUCAGAGAAUUCAUGUUGGUGAGAAACCUUAUAAAUGUAGUGAAUGUGGGAAAGCCUUCAGCCGUAGUUCAGCCCUUAUCAGACAUCAACAGCUUCACAGAGGAGAGUAAUUAAUGUGGGCAAAGCUGUAGGUAGAUUUAUCACUUUGUUAAAUGUACAUACUUAAGACGUUAUAAUAUGAGGAAUUUGUCACAAGUUGUAAUGAUGUUUUAAGGUAUGAGAAAAAAAGAUUCCCCUAUUCCUUGUUUCCCUUCAGAACAUUAGCUGCCACCUAGAAAUUGUUGAGGCUACUUUGAGGUUAAUCAUUAGUGGUCUGAUCAGGGAUCUUACUAGCAUUAUACAUAUAUACAUAUAUAUAUGUAUAUACAAAAACAUAUCUACAAAACUACAGGACUUCAAAAGUUGUAGGAUACUGUAUUAAGUACAAUUAUAGAUUGAGUAUAGACAGUUCUCUAUAUAUUAUUUUUAUUUUAAAGGUUCAUCUUAGGGUAGUUGUUUGGAAGACAUAAUUUCUUUUUCCUCUAGGUACAUUGCUAUUAAAAUAAUUAAUUCGCUUGUUUAAUAUUUUAAUAUUUUCUUGAAACUUCUCACAGUCCUGGUUAGGUUCCUAAAACUAGUCUACAGAAGCUAUAUAAGCCUAUUUAAUGCCUACCAGCUUAAAUGUCAUAUGUUUAUACAUACAUGAUGAGAAAUAUAACACAUUUUUGAAACAGUAAUUAAACAAUUUAUUAGGA